GUGAAAUUAAAAAAGAGAAAGAUCGCAAGCGAAAAUCAAUUCAGCGUGCAAAUCCGCAAUUUAAGAAAGCUGAGAAUAGUAAAUCACACUACCGUAUGAUGGAGCUUCGUCAAAAUCAAAUAUAUGUUCAGGCAUCUAAU